GGAUAUUGAAGCAACCACAGAGAGAGAGAGAGAGAGAGAGAGAGUGCAGAACUUCCAUGCUCAUGGAUGAGAGAGACAGCCACGGGUAGAGGGAGAGAGACAGAGAGAUGGUGUGAGAGAAGGAGGGAAGGAGGGGGUUUAAGAGAGGGUUUAGGUCUACCAACUGGUGGUUAGAGAUUGAGCACCUUAACCAAACACCAGCCAAGGAAUUAGAGGGAGGAAGGAGGAGGAGAAGCAACAUUGCUGGUUAAACACCAACUACUACUGCUAGUCGCUAGCUCUGUUUCAAGCAAGAACCCAAAGCUAAGCAACCCACGGAGCUUUAAAAGCAGUAGUGACUGUUUCAGAAAAGAGAGAGUGUGUUUGUGUGGUUCAUAAAAAAGAAAAGAAAGAAGAAGCAACUUUUGCGGGGAGAGAGAGAGAGAGAAAGAGGGUCUUGUGUGGUUCUCAGGUCUGUGAACUGGUCUCUUUAAUAGUUCAAUGCAAAUUGGAGCCUUUCUUUCUGCUGAAUUCUUCGGAUCGGAGGGAGUUUGGUCUGUUGGAAGAGUUUUUAGCCCGUUCUGUUGCAUACCCUCAACUGAUACAGGCUUCAGAGGCUUUUUUCCUCAUUUUUCAGCUCUCUCGGUGAUUAUGAAAGGCUUACUUCAAUAACCAGGUGCAAGUAGCAUGUCGACUUACUAUACCAGUUCCAGCGAUCAAAGAGAUGCUGCACCUGUUAUAUACUUACGAGAACACGCCCCCACAUCGCAUGCUGAGGAAUCUCUUCUUCCUGGCAAUAAUAUGAUGUAUGUAAGUUCCGGAACCUUCUCGAGUGCAUUGACUGGGAAUCCUCAGCAGCAAAGUAACGGCAUGGAUAUGUCAUCUGUUGGAGGUCUGGAUUCUAUGCCACAGCACCAAGCCCUGUUUUCUGGCCUUGGUGGGUCCCAAAUGAGCGAUCAUGGUUUGACUGGGUGGAGAGAUGGGAGGAAUGAGAUGCUCUUUAUGCAGUCAAUGGCCAGCCACUCAGCAGUCCUUCAAGAUGGUCAGAACUUGCAGGGACAGGGACUUUCACUAAGUCUUGGGACGCAUAUUCCCUCAGGCAUCCACAUACCUUCCAGUCAAUAUCGGAGUCAGAACUUGGGUUUAACUGCGUUCUUGAGUCCUAAUUCGUCGAAAUCGGCUGAAAGCAAUAGCAGGAAUGGCUCCACUGUAGAUGAACAACCAAGAAGUGCCGAGUUCUUCCCUCAGAGUCUAGUGGGAGCCAAUCAAGAAUCGAACGCAGGGAACUUUUCUGUAAAUGGAAUGUCAAGCAUGUCAAGAAUGAUUCCGAAUUCUAGAUACCUAAGGGCAGCUCAGCAGCUGCUUGAUGAAGUUGUUAAUGUUCGGAAAGCUUUGAAGCAAUCUGAUAGUGAGAAGAUUAAGAGGUCUGAAGAGGGAGAUGAGGAUUCCAAGAAAGAUGCGGCUUCAAAUCCUCAAGAGUCAGAUGGUAAUUCCGCUGGCGACCUUUCACAGGCUGAAAGACAAGAAUUGCAGAGCAAGUUGGCCAAACUUUCGUCAAUGUUGGAUGAGGUUGAUAGAAGGUACAAACAGUAUUACUAUCAGAUGCAGAUUGUAGUGUCAUCUUUCGACAUGAUAGCGGGUCCUGGUGCUGCUAAACCAUACACGGCCCUCGCCCUUCAGACGAUAUCGCGCCACUUUCGGUGCUUACGGGAUGCGAUCACCACCCAAAUUCAAGCAACCCGUAAGAGUCUUGGGGAACAAGAUGCUUCUGGAAGCAGUAAAGGAGUGGGAAUACCUCGGCUUCGUUAUUUGGAUCAGCAGCUCAGGCAGCAACGGGCCCUACAGCAGCUUGGUAUGAUGCAACAGCACGCAUGGAGGCCGCAAAGAGGACUCCCUGAGAGUUCUGUUUCUAUUCUUCGGGCCUGGCUGUUUGAGCAUUUUCUUCAUCCUUACCCAAAGGACUCUGACAAAAUCCUGCUCGCAAGGCAGACAGGGUUGACAAGAAGUCAGGUCUCGAAUUGGUUCAUCAAUGCAAGAGUGCGUCUCUGGAAACCCAUGGUCGAAGAAAUGUACAAAGAAGAGAUUGGGGAUCCGGAACUGGACUCCAACUCAUCCUCCGACACAGCCAAGCCGAAAACAGGCGAUGUCAAGUCCUCCAUGGAGGACCGGGUGGAAGAAGUGCAACAGAGUUCAACAGCUGCACAGAGAUGCAGCUCAGGCCAGCUCAUGGACUCGACGUUCGACCGGACUCCAGAUGUCGAAAUAGCGGGCCACCCCAUGGGAUUCAACUACCUAAACGGGAGACACGGAGACGUCGAAGCUGAGUAUGGCCAGAUCAAGCUAAAUGGAGAGCAAGCGCCCAGUGUUGACGAUUGUGGUCUCUUCCAGAAUUCCAUGGUUCAGUCCGGCAGCAGCAAUGACAGGUUCAUGGCAGCCGCUGCUGCCUACCAAAUGGCCGAGCUGGGGAGGUUCGGUGGAGGAAGCGGGGUGUCCCUUACUCUGGGGCUGCAACAUUGCGAGGGAGGCGCCUUGCCCGUCUCCGCCGGAGCCCACAGCGGCUUCCUGGCCAUGAGAGGGGAUGACCUGUACAACCAGGCGGCUUCGUCUAUAGGCCCCGAGACAACAGAAUUCGAGAGCAUCAACAUUGGGAACCAACAGCAGAGGUUCGGUUCCGCGCAUCUGUUACAUGAUUUCGUGGCAUGAAAACCUUCACGGACUAUCCUUGCGACGAGAAAGCCUCCGAGACCCGCUUUAUUAAAGCUUGCGGCGGCAAGAAAGUUAGGAAAUGACAUUGUAUUGUGGCACCAGCACACAAGUCUGUAUGAUAUUGUUUUUUUUGGAAGGGUUAGUGAAAUCUGUAAAGAUUAAAGAUUCACACACUAUUUGUUGAAUAUGUGAACUGGGAAUUGUAUAAUUAGGGCCAAGCCCAGCUUAGUACAGAAAUAAUGGAAGGGAUGUGUGGAAUUGGAA